UUCACGGAGCUGUCCAGGGACGCCGAGUCCAUGACUCCCUUCCUGCCGGGGGCAGCUCUCCCGAAGGGCACCGGCCACUUCUACUUCCGAGCAUUUGCCUUCUUCUCCAGCCCCUUCAGGAGCCUCAGCCGGCACGAUGUCAUCGUCAACUCAGGCGAGAUCGUUGCUGUUGCUCCUUCAGCUGACCGGUGCGGCGCCGAACUGGUUGGCUAUCUCUCACCCACGGAAUGCACGGAUCCGGCCGCCCCCAUUAAGGGGGCCAUCUGCAUUGGAUUGAGAGACGGGGUGCCGGAAGCCUUUUUCGGGAAGAGGUCCUUCCUGGCCCCCCAGCCCCACUGCGUGAAGCUGCCAUACCAACGAAAAGAGAUAGAACAGCUGGCGUGCCACAAGGCGACCCUCUCUGUGGCGUCGCCGGUGCUCCUAACAUCUGACGGGCCCUUCACGAAUAGAGACAGCAUUGAGGUCAUCGCCCAGUUCAGCUUUGAUGAUGUAAUCGUUUCCCGGCAGACUUUUGACGUCUACGGUCCCCCGGGAGCAAGUCUGAACUCUGUAACUCCUGCUUCGGUGGACCGAACUUAUUACCUGGAUGUCGGCCUUCAUUACCCACACGGCGUAACCAAGAUGUGCGUGAACGAGGCCUACCUAAAGGGACGCAGGAUGUAUCCGGUCAAUUGCAUUAUCAUCAACAAAGCUGAUGCCCAGGCGCUUCCAGUUCUCGUUCAAGACUUUGCGAUCCAGCCACUGGUUCCGACCACGGCCACCUUGCCGGAAUAUCCUGUCGCGCCGUACAAAACUGGAAUUCAUGACAGUGACCGCAGCGGUGAGGGAUAUGAGUACGCAUCUGCCAGGGCCAGCACAAUGGACGGGCAAGAGCAAAUCGAACGUCGAGGCAAGGAGAAGAUCACCACCGUGGCGCUCUUGGCAGGCUCGAUCCACGACUUCCUGACGCCCGAGAGCGCAUCCCGCCAUGCCAUCCAGGAUAUUUCGUAUCGCCAGGCGCUGGUUACUGCUCCCGGAGUGACGUCCGUCGCUCCACUGAGUCGCUACGAGGAAACCACGGCGGGCGUGCUGGAAAGCACAGCGCCAUGGCUGAAACUACAACGCACAUCCAUGGAAGGGGCCUUCAGACGACUUGCCGGCGCCGUAGACUCCUCGGAGCCGUUCCCUGCUGCUCUGCGCAGACUGGGAUUCGUCCUCAGCGACGACGUCAUCCCUGGAAGCAUCGACGGCCUCCUGAGCUGCAUUGGGUACUCGAUGACGGGGAAGAGCGACGUUCUGAACGGCGUGGCGCUAGCGGCGUGCCCAGAGCUGCCCGAUUUCCUGCGGCCCGCCGUCAGCAGAUACCUGUACGAACAACCUCACGCGCUGGUGCACGCGAUGGGCCUGCUGCCGGAGGUUCUCCCAAGCGAGCACGGCGCUCGUGCUCUUGUGGGGGACAAGUCCAGCUACGGAACCAUCACGGACUUGUUCCGGGGCUUCUGUUCCGAUACCGACCCGCGGACUUGCUUGAGGCACCACGGCUUCGUGUUUCACGGUGGUAGAGUCGCGAAAGCGUCUCCGGUUUGGGCGCAAAUCAUUCCCUGCCUCUCGAAGUCCGCGGUAGUCGAAGGAGGUGAGAUCAAGUACCACAGGGGGGGUCUCUUCCACUGCCGCCUGCGUUUCCUUCCCAAACAGCUGCUGAGCGCGGGGGGGGGCAGCCCUCUCAUGACCGCCGACGAUAUCAGGGAACUGAUUCUGGGCACCACACGCGUCGGCGAGGUCGCCGUGACAAGUGAGGACGAGCCUGCCGGGUCCGGCGCGCAUCGCCAUGUCCUUGGGGCACUGGCUGACACCAUAUGCGCCGGAGAAGAUGGCGACUACGUGCAGCGCUGCCUGAAGGACCAUGGUUUUGAAUUCUCGGAAAACCGCGCAAUCAUCCUGCCUCGAGUGUACGAGGAUCUGAUGGCGUGCCUCAUGACUUCGGUCGUCGAGCAGCAGGGAGAGGAGGAGGGCCACGUGUACUACCUGCGACUUCACAAGCUCCUCUCCUGCCCCAUGCCGCGGCAGUUUUUGAAGGCCAUCGAGCCGCACCAGAUCGUGGACCUUGCCUUCAGCUACGCCAUGCUGGGGUCCGCUCUGGAGGGCGAGGCUCUGAAGACGGCGGACGGCGUGUGGAGGGCGUACAAGGAGGACGCCAACCUUCAGAACGCUGUGGAGGCGCUUCACCAGAGGCACUCCAUGGAUUUAAACGCCGGACGCUACAAGCAGCAGCAACCAAGAAAUCUGCUGCAUACCAUAUACCACUUCAUGAACGACCUGGUGCCAUUGAGACUGUUGCUGGAAGACAUGCUCGUGCAAUCCGGGCAUUGUUCAGUGGAUGCGGCCUCCACACAGUCUGCAGCCAUUUAUGAAAGCGUGUUCGUCAAGGCAGACAGGCGCAGCCGUAAUCCCCUCAGCCUGGGAUUGCAGUUCCGUGACGGGCACCACAAAUCGCUGCGCUCCUGCACCAGAGGCUGGGGCCCCACGACGGAGUGCCUGGCGAGUUCCAUCGCCGACAAGGCACACGGCCAGGCCCCGGGGCACACCAGUCUCGCCCACAUCGACAGCGCGAAGGCCUGCACGUGCGGAAUCUUCCCCAUCAAGACGUGCAGAAACUUGAAAGAAAACGAUCGCAUCAUGCCGCUGGAAAACGUGGCCACGCUUGUGGGCGUGGAGACUCUGCGACUGGACACCAUCGAAGAACUGACCAGAGAGGAUGCCGUGCGCAUCGUGCAGCAGCUUGUGGCCCCCCUGAGCGAGGCCUGCCAGGAGCGCGACGCCAACGGCGUGCCGACCUGCCUUCGCGCCCUUGGCUGUGAAUUCGGGCAGGACGCCCAUGGUGGCCGGCACCCGCACAACGGCCCGGCUCCCAGCGGUGAAGCUCUCGUGGCGUGCCAAGACUGGUGGUUUGCAGUCGUAGACGCGCUUCAGGAAUCGCAGCAGCCGCUCGGAUACGAGGCACACGUGCUGGUGGGGGCGCUCGCGAGGCAUCCGCACGUCCAGCCGUACGAGAAAGAACUGACGGCCAUAUUGACGUCCAGGUCGGGUCUUGAAGGCUCAGGCACGACGACUUCCGACAAUGUUCGCACUCUCCUGCCAACGCUCCGAUGUCUUUUGCAGUGCGACCUGGGGAGAGUGUGCUUGGGAAUGGAGGGUUUUGCCGGCUACCUGGAGGAUGAUCAAUACUUGAAGCAGCAUGGCGUCACUCUGGAAUUCUUGAUGCUGUCGUGCCAGCCAGUCUCCUUCUUCACACUCGCCCAAGGGGUGGACGGCUACAGGCGAGCCGUCCUGGACCACGCCGACGAGACUCGGAUGCACCCAGCACAGGCGGCGAGUCUGGGGCUCAGCCGCUAUGAGGGCCAGGUGCUGUCGCGGUGUUUGGCGGACAUGGGCAUGCCGCAGAAAUCAGUGCUGAUGUGUGGCCUGGGAGCCAUCAGCCACGGUGUCCACGGUCACGAAGUGCAGUUGUCGAAGUUGCCGUUACUGGCGUGCCUUGCAUGCUCAGCGCAACAUAGCGCCGACCCCCAUGUCGACCUGAACAAAGAAAUCGGCGGAGGGCGGACGUUUGGCACUGCAAGAAAUCUCCUGCACAACGGUGGCAUGGGCAGCAUACGAGCCGUGUCGAGCUACUUCGGUGGCCUGGAUCACACCUUGCAGGGCUAUUUGAUGGCUAUGGUGGACACAGACCCCUGGACCCACCAUGCCGCCGCCACCGACAAUGUUCGAUUUAUGGUGGAGGUCCUGAAUUUGCUUUUUCACGAGGUGGAACUUUUGCCACAUGGCACAGCCACUGAAGGCAGUUACAAGAACGUUUUGGAAAUGGUCAUGCCCUUCGUAGCGGCCGUCCACAAGACAACCGGAGGGGACAGCGAGGCGGACCUGACGGUUGCCUUUGCCACUGCCCUUGCAGCAACCGAUAAGUCCCUUCGCGCCCUGCAAGAGUAUCGAAAGGAGGCUGGCGUGUCUCUUGGGAAUGCUGUGGGGCAGGCUCUGAAGCCCUGCAUGCAUGCAGGAGUGUGCAAGCCAGAUACGCAGUUUUUGGUGCACAAUUAUUUGCCGGGUUUGAAAGCAGUGCAUGAAGCGCUGGAAUCUUCGUCUGAAAUUCAUGACGCCAUCGUUGGCAUCAUCACAGCCUUGAACCUUCCGCUGGCGAGUGUGGACCAGGGAAUGUUCAGUGGACAUAUUGGCAGCGCUUUUGACCACAUUGUCUCGGCUGUCGGUAAGAUUGUGGGGGAAGCCGAUGCUGUGUGA